AUGCAUCUAGAAUGGCUCACUCAUAUGAUCUAUGAUCUAUUCCGCUGUUCCACCGCAUUGAUGCAGGUCUUGCAACAGACUGCCUAUGAGGAGCAAAAUCGGUCCCUGAUUAUUGAUAUCUGGCGAUUCGAGGGCUACCUGCCAGAUGCCCGAUCUUCAAACUACAAUGGACGCACCCAAGCCGGGUCCAAUGCAGACAACGUCCUGGCAGAUGCAUACGUCAAGGGCGUUCGCGGAGCAGUCAAUUGGGAAGACGGGUACAAGGCCAUGGUCAAAGACGCAGAAGUAACGCCCAAAAGUCCCGUCGAUCCAAUGGCACCCGACUCAUUGACCAAAGAAGGCCGUGCCGGGCUAUAUCAGGUUGCAUCCGGCCUGAAGAGGGAAAAGGACGCGCAAAAGUACCUGCAUCGCUCGCGAAACUGGCGCAUUCAUUCGAAUCCCAACCAAACUUCACUGGGAUUCUCGGGGUUUGCGGUGCCGCGCAAUACUUCUGGUUUCCUCGAUACCGAUCCGUUGAAGGACAGUGGCUACUGGGGCGAUCCCUAUUAUGAGGCAAGCGCUGAGUCUGCCGUCAAGCGGUUGAACAUCAUGUUCACCGAGGGCGCCAGUGGGUCAAGUGGGAUGAUCUUUGAUCUCACCAACGAACCAAUGUUCAAUGUCCCCUACCUCUAUAAUUAUGUCGGUCGACAAGACCUCGCGGUGUCGCAGUCCCGCAAAGUCGCCAAGGACAACUAUCAUACCGGGGCCGCAGCAAAAAACCUGCACAUCACGUCAACCGGAGGCGAUGGCAACGGCGACCACGACAUCUAUGUGCAGAGCUUGAAGGUCAACGGGAAGAAGUGGACGCGGAGCUGGCUGACAGGGGAGGACAUCUUCGCGCAAGGUGGAACACUUGCGUUCAAGCUGGGGCGGACAGCGGUCAAUUGGACCAACGGCGAGCUGCCGCCGAGUCCUGCGUCCGAAUAA